AGCUGCGACAGUAAAUCUGACAGGCCAGAGGGAUGUAAUGGAGUCGGAUCCGGCAGGUUGUGUGUAAAUAAAGUUUCUCCGUGACCCUCUAUGGAUAUAACGAGGUCUGCGUAGGAGCCCGUAUAGUUUUAUGGUGGAUAUACAUGAUGGAAUGGAGCGAGUGUUGAGUUUGAGCAGUUGUGAGACGGAGUAGUUGAACAUCGAACGCACCAUUAGUCCGGAGAUAGCCACAGCCAGCAGUCCCACAGGCAGGUGGAGGAGAGUCACAGCAGAGUCAAGUGUUCCACAGUCCGACUGGAUAGGACAGCACAGGAGAAAACUGUCCAAGGAGGAAAGAAGCAAAAGGUGGAUUUUAAGACAAACCUAUUAGUUGUGUCUGAAAAAAUCACCUGAUUCCAGCAAACAUGGAUGGAAGAUCCACGUGUGACCAGUGUGGGAAGACUUUCACCAGAAUGAAUGACCUGAAGAGACAUCUACUAAUCCACAGUGGAGAAAAACCAUAUGACUGUAACCAAUGUGGGAAGACUUUCACCCUCAUGAAUAACCUUAGGAAACACCUACGCAUCCACAGUGGAGAAAGACCAUAUAACUGUGACCAAUGUGGGAAGACUUUCACCCAACGGUCUAUCCUUAAGAGACACCUACUAGUCCACAUGGGAGAGAGACCAUAUGGCUGUGACCAGUGUGGGAAGACUUUCACCCAAAUAAAUAAUCUUAAGCUUCACCUCCGCAUCCACAGUGGAGAAAGACCAUAUGACUGUGACCAGUGUGGGAAGACUUUCACCAAAACAAAUAACCUUAAGACACACCUGCGCAUCCACAGUGGAGAAAGACCAUAUAAAUGUGACCAUUGUGGGAAGACUUUCACCCAAACAAAUAACCUGAAGACACACCUGCGCAUCCACAGCGGAGAAAGACCUUAUGAGUGUGACCAGUGUGGGAAGACUUUCACCAGAACAAAUAGCCUGAAGACACACCUGCGCAUCCACAGCAGAGAAAGACCUUAUGAGUGUGACCAGUGUGGGAAGACUUUCACCAGAACAAAUAGCCUGAAGACACACCUGCGCAUCCACAGCGGAGAAAGACCUUAUGAGUGUGACCAGUGUGGGAAGACUUUCAGCCACAUCUGUAACCUUAAGGUACAUCUGCGCAUCCACAGCGGAGAAAGACCAUAUGAGUGUGACCAGUGUGGGAAGACUUUCACCCAUUUCAGUAGCCUUCAGACACACCUGCGCAUCCACAGCGGAGAACGACCAUAUGAGUGUGACCAGUGCAGGAAGACUUUCACCCAGAUGAGUAGCCUUCAGACACACCUACACAUCCACAACGGAGAAAGACCAUAUGAGUGUGACCAGUGUGGGAAGACUUUCACCCAAAUGACUAACCUUCGGGCACACCUACGCAUUCACAGUGGAGAGAGACCAUAUGAGUGUAACCAGUGUGGGAAGACUUUCACCGACCCAAGUGCCCUUCGGAAUCACCUACGCAUCCACAGUGGAAAAAAGCCAUAUGGCUGUUACCAGUGUGGGAAGACUUUCACCCAAAUCUAUAACCUUAAGGUACACCUGCGCAUCCACAGCGGAGAAAGACCAUAUGAGUGUGACCAGUGUGGGAAGACUUUCACCCAUUUCAGUAGCCUUCAGACACACCUGCGCAUCCACAGUGGAGAAAGACCAUAUGAGUGUGACCAGUGUGGGAAGACUUUCACCCAUUUAAGUAGCCUUCAGACACACCUACUCAUCCACAACGGAGAAAGACCAUAUGGCUGUGACCAGUGUGGGAAGACUUUCACCCACCCAAGUAGCCUUUGGAAACACCUACGCAUCCACAGCGGAGAAAGACCAUAUGAGUGUGACCAGUGUGGGAAGACUUUCACCCAAAUGACUAACCUUCGGGCACACCUACGCAUUCACAGCGGAGAGAGACCAUAUGAGUGUAACCAGUGUGGGAAGACUUUCACCGACCCAAGUGCCCUUCGGAAUCACCUACGCAUCCACAGUGGAAAAAAGCCAUAUGGCUGUUACCAGUGUGGGAAGACUUUCACCCACAUGAGUGGCCUUAACAAACACCUAUGCAUCCACAGAGGAGAAAGACCAUAAAACUCUGACUGGUGUGGGAAGGCUUUCAGAGCCUUGUCUGCGUAAUUCUCUCACUAUCAUGUUCACCACAAGAAGUUGAUGUACCCAUGUCAUAAGUGCAUGAAGAUACUCUGGUCGUCCAACUCUUAAAAGUGUCACCAACAGACCUAUACUGGAGAGAAACCCUACCAGUGCAGAUUUUGUGACACAAUGUACCAAACAUGAACGUGUCAAACAUUUCCACAAAGGAAACAAACUGAACAAUUGUACAAAAAGUAAGACUAGAAACCAGUAGAAACAAUCAGUGUCAUAACACACCAAAACAGUUUGAGUGUUACAGAUGUGAAACAAGAUUCUUGUCAUCCUCUGCUCUCUCCUAUCAUCAGCACAGAUGUGAAUCAUCAAGGUCUGGACCAGAAAGUACCUCAGCAUCAGAUGAC